CAGGGAAGGGGGAAAAGGCAUAUGCUCCAUAUACCAUGCUCAGCAGUUAAUAUUGAGGCUGAUUACCUAACCCCCACUCUGGUCAGGACUGCAAGGAAUGAAUGUGAACACCAACAGCUGUGGGUUUGGUCUGCGCUCGUACCUGCUGCCAUCAUGAGGAGUAAGGCAGCUUUUGGCAGGCAAGUAAGCAAAGCAAAUCAGCUGUGAGAUUGAAAGAAGACAUGAAAAAGAUAGCUGCACUUCCACUGACCAAGCAGAGGGACUCAACCUGUCCGAAAGUGUUUGGUGUGAGUCUUCUGGAACUCCAGCGGCAGGGGCUUAGCAAGAACGGCAUCCCAAUAGUUGUGUGUAAUAUAGUCGAGUAUCUGACCCAGCAUGGCAUGAGCCAGGAAGGCCUUUUCAGGGUAAAUGGCAGCAUGAAAAUGGUGGAACAGUUGCGACUGCAAUAUGAGCGUGGAGAAGAGGUGGAACUUGUUAAAGAUGGAGAUGUAUACUCAGCAGCCAGUCUGCUGAAAUUAUUUUUGAGAGAGCUGCCAGAUGGAAUUAUCACCUCUGCUUUGCAUCCCAGGUUCAUUCAGCUUUACCAGGACACUAGGAAUGAUAUGCAGAAGGAAAAUAAUUUGAAAGAACUCCUUAAAGAAUUGCCUGAUGCUCAUUAUUGCCUGCUGAAGUAUCUGUGCCGGUUCCUGACAAGAGUUGCUGAACAUCAUGUAGAGAACAGGAUGAAUCUUUGCAAUCUUGCCACUGUUUUUGGACCAAACUGCUUUCAUGUGCCUUCCGGAUUUGAAGGGAUAAAGGAACAAGAGAUCUGCAACAAGAUAAUGACUAAAAUGCUGGAAAACUACAGUACUUUGUUUGAAUUGGAGGGUUUGAAAAAGGAUGAAGAAAAGCCUGCAUGCGAAGAGCUAGCAAGAAUUAUUUUGGUCAAAAUGACAAAGUCCACAAGGGAAGGAUCUAUCCAGACAUGCCUAGCGCCACAACCAGGUCUGUCAGAUGGAAUACCUCAGUUCAGCCUCCAAUUAACAGGCAGUAGUUCGUGUUUGGAGGAGAUGGAUUUAACAGAUGAAACCUCCUUCAUUAACAGCGCUGCGUUUUUCUCCAGUUCCCAAGAAGAUGAGCGGCCUAUGUCACCCUUCUACUUGAGUGCCCAUGUGUCACAAGUCAGUAGUAACAUUCCUGCUACAGGAGAGUAUUUAGAGAAGACAAUCCGCUCAGCCGUGGAGCAGCAUCUCUUUGAUGUUCAUGGCUCAGGCGGCCAGAGUUCAGAGGACUCUGAAUCGGGAACAUCAUCAGCCUCUUCUAAUGUGUCUGCCAGGCAGAGGAGGCGACAUCACAAAGAGCAGGAGGAAGCCCGGAGAAACAGAGACAUGGAAGUCAUCAACAAAGAAAACAUUCCCUCUGGAUUCAGCGGUCUUGAAGACUGUAUUCUGUCUGCUCAAGAGGUAGAAAAAUUACCAGACAACAACUCCUCGUAUCUUGGUGAAAGGAAUAAACCAAAACGGCAGAAAUCCAGCACCAAGCUUUCAGAGCUUAAUGACAACCAGGACAGUCCUGUGACAAUGGAAAGCUUUAGCUCAUCCAGACCUAUAGACAGAACAGGACCUGAUGACAUGGAAAUUUUAUCUGAAGAAAGCAAAGAAAGUGAAAACGAUGAGGUUUUUUUCAGGCACUCACAGCAGACUUCAAGUAUGAAGAUUCAAGAGCAUCCAAGCAUUCCUGAAACCAAGUUGCAAAGAAAUCAAGAUGCUGAUGAACAGGAAAACAGCUUUGUGUCAGAAGUGCCUCAGCUGGAUUUGACAGCACUGUGUGAUGACAACAACUGGGAAGAGCCCAUUCCUGCUCUUUCCUCAUGGCAGCGAGACAGCUUAGAUACAGACGAGGCUCGCCUUUCUCCGCAGGCCGGCCGUUUAAUUCGCCAGCUUCUGGAUGAGGACAGUGAUCCUAUGCUGUCCCCUCGCUUCUAUGCCUAUGGACAGAGCCAACAGUAUCUGGAUGAUCCAGAAGUGCCUCCUUCCCCUCCCAAUUCCCAUUCAUUCAUGAGGAGGCGGAGUUCUUCCUUGGGAUCUUAUGAAGAUGACAGAGAGGACCUGACCCCUGCACAGUUGACCCGGAGGAUUCAGGGACUGAAGAAAAAGAUCAGGAAGUUUGAGGACAAAUUUGAAGAGGAGAGGAAAUACAGACCUUCCCACAGUGAUAAAGCAGCCAACCCUGAAGUGCUCAAAUGGACAAAUGACUUAGCCAAAUUCCGAAAGCAACUUAAAGAGUCAAAACUGAAGAUAUCGGAGGAAGACCUUGCCCCUGUGGUGCGUCAGCGGAGCAACACGCUCCCCAAGAGCUUUGGUUCUCAGCUCGAAAAGGAAGAUGACAAGAAGCAAGACCUGUCAGAUAAAUCUGCCAAGCCUGCCGUGGAAGUGACUCUUGAGUCUAUCCAGAAGAAGCUUCAGGAAAAACGAGCAGAGACGAACCGACCUGAGGAUAUUAAGGACAUGACAAGAGAUCAGAUAGCAGCUGAGAAAGUGGCACUUCAAAAAGCCCUGCUGUAUUACGAAAGCAUUCAUGGCAGACCGGUUACCAAAAAUGAACGACAAGUGAUGAAGCCAUUGUAUGACAGAUAUCGCUUGGUCAAACAGAUCCUCUCCAGGGCCAACACCAUUCCUAUUAUUGGUUCCCCCUCCAGCAAGCGGAGAAGCCCUUUGCUGCAGCCAAUUAUCGAGGGCGAAACAGCUUCCUUCUUCAAGGAGAUAAAGGAAGAAGAGGAGGGAUCCGAGGAGGACAGCAAUGUGAAGCCAGAUUUCACAAUUACCAUGAAAACAGAUUUCAAUGUGCGUAGCUUCUUGGAUCAACUAGAAGAUGAUGCUGAUGGCUUUGUUUCCCCAGUGGAUGAUAAGAUGCCAUCAAAAAGCAACCAGGAUAUGGGGCUUUCGAAUCUUCAUGAAGCAUCUAUCCCUGAACUGUUAGAGCAGCUCCAAGAAGUCAGGGAAGAGAAAAAGCGAAUCAGAAAAAAAUUGAGAGAGUUUGAAGAUAAUUUUUUCCGACAAAAUGGAAGGAACGUGCAGAAAGAAGACCGCACUCCUAUGGCAGAAGAAUACAAUGAAUACAAGCAGGUUAAGGCCAAGCUGAGGCUGCUGGAGGUCCUGAUCAGUAAAAGAGAUAUUAGCUCCAAGAUCAUGUAAAGAAGGGGAUUGUUUUCGCCAGUAAACUGAAAAGAGACCGCACCAAACGGAUGAAUGCAUGAAGCAAAUGCAGCAGGAGCCUGGCUGGGGAGGGCUGAGGACCUACCUGGGAACUGAAAGGCCAUUUCCAGAGGUGGGAGGGGGAGGAAGGGUGGCUUUCCAUCACUCUUGGGACUUGCUAUUGUCCUCUCUGUCUGCAGGCCAGAUGCCCAAAAUGGAGUUUGCAAGUGUAGGAGAUGUGAUGCUGCACUCAGUGACUGCACUGAAGGGAUCCUUCCGUUUUGAUUUGCUUACAGGUCCUGUAAUAUUUAGAAUAUCAAAACCAGACUUGCUUUUCUUCCCCCCCCCCCCCCCCCCCCAGGAUAUCACAGCAAGAGGCAAAAUAGGAUGAAUAGUGAUUAAAUCAUCAAAUACCUUCCACUUUAGUUUAUCAAACAAGUGCCCUGACUGAUCUGAUGUGAAGGCGGAGGUCAGAUGGCACCAAGACUGUUUUCUCAUAGCUACAUUAAAGGCUAGCUCAUAUUUCUGACCUGACCAUUUGGAGUCCAGCCUCUUCUGUUGUCCCAUAUAAAUGCUGGAAGACUGUCCUGGUCAGAGCCCAGGGCUGGCUUGAGUUACAGUCUUGCCCAGGCUUGAAUUGGGUUUUCUUCCCGCUUUUUUGACUGCUAAUUCAAUUGGAGUAGAAUGAAGUACCUACAUUUGAUCAGAAUAGCAAAGGAAAUUAGCUGUUCAGCAGUGUACUCGCCUGCUUGUUCCACUUGGAAGGUGAUACUGUGACAUUAUGACUAUGUUUGGGGGACUGGGAAGAAAAGAAGUUUUAACAGCUGCAAGUCAAAAUCCCCUGGGAUUUUGGUAGCUGCUCAAAUAAAUCUCCAGGGUCAAGUAUCUGGAAGCCAGACUCCAUUAAUACAUGUGCUUCAUCAUCUGAUGCUAACAGAAGAUCCUGAGCUGAACAGCCCAUGUGCACGUCACACGUACUUGCCAGCCUAGAUUUUGUUCUUUUAUGAAUGCAGUCAGUCCGACUGUGUGGACUGCAGCACUGACGUUGUGAUUGUGGGAAUCAGAGGAGGGUCUUUUCUUCCCAGUGGUUUUGGCUUAUAUUAAUAUAUUAGAGCAGAGGAUACUGCAGGGAACUGAAAGCUGAGAACCAUGUUCUGCCUAUGUAGGGGUCAGUGGGUCAGGUGCAGAAUUUGACUAUUACCUAUUUUCAAAUUUGUUUAGGACCUUCAGAAAAGAAAGUCUUGGGAUAGCUGUAAACACUUGAUUCAGGUCCUCAUGUCAGACAGUUGUUGCAUGAAGGAGUAAAAGGUAGUAAGUUCAAAAAUACGUGAAGUAGCUGAGAGCUCCCAGGUCUGUCAGGCCAUCUGGGCUCUGUCUUGCGCUCCAGAGGCUUGCAUGCACAAAUUCACGCUGCCCAGAGCCAGGGCUGGGAAUUAGGGCAAGAAUCGCAACUCCCGGGAGCAGGGCUCCACCCUGGUGUUGCAGGGAAUAUUUCUGUGCGUACUGUCUUUUGUGUCGAUCCCCUGGCGAGCUAAUGUGCUACAGCGGGACAGCUGCGAUCAAAUGCAGUGCCAGUUGUCAUAGCCGGGCCUUGCGUACGUCAGGCUGCAGGAGGCAAGAGGUGAGCUCCCAGAACUUCUCCCCCUCUUUCCUUUUAUGGGCAAGCUGGCCCACAAAUGCAUCUGUUUCGGUUGUGCUUAGAAUCAUUUCCCUCUACUUGGUGUACUGUGUUAAUUCUUGCAAAGACUGAUGCUGAGGGUGUUUUGGUCUCUUAAGACCCCAUAAACACUUCAAAAGGCAACCUUUUCCUUUUGCUUUUACACGUGCCCAUUGAUAGUCUGAAUGGGUGCACACAGUGAUGUGCAUUUGUUAGGGACAGCAGUCAAAGCACUUAGGAGAGGGACUCUCUGUGGUGUUUUCUACUGAUUGCAGAAUUGCUCCUUGUAUAUAAGAUCAGUGAAGGCUGAAUUUUAUAUUUCUGAAGAGUCUGGAGCACUUGUGUGCUGACCUAGGGCUUGGCUUUGCAGAGACGCCAAGUUUCCGUUGCUUGGGAGAUGCCUCUGCAAAUCUGAUCUUAUUAGCUGGGCUCACAAAUGUGGGAAACUGCUUUUGAAGAUGAUUGACUGAUUGGAAAGGAAGCCUGGCCAGGGCAAAUUGCCUUUCUGAAUGCAGGACAAUGCAGAAAAUCAGUGCUGUGCCUUUGUCCUUCAGCCUGGUCUUACUUGUGUUGAGAGUCCAUGGUCAGCUCACUUCAGCUAUGUUAGGUUUAACUGCUGAGCCAACAUGGCUGCUGUGUUACUCUACUAGUAGAAGAGUGGGAUGAGAAAGGAUGUUGGAUUACCAAAAUGUCAUUACUGGUGGCUCAGUUUUCUAUCGGUUAGGCCCAGUUCAGCAAAGUGCUUCAGAGUGUAUGUGGUGAGCACAUGCCUCAAGCUGAUCUCCGUUUGGGUUUCAUUUGAACAACGAGGGACUAAAUCUUGAGCGCUUUGCUGAAUCUGUGCCUAGACAUCUUUAUAUAGGAUGAGAGUAGCAGUUCUGGCCUUUUUCUUCCUAGUCAUGUUUUCCAGUAGGCCAAGAUUUCCCAGGAGUAUGUUUUCUCUACUUAUUUUUUAAAAGCCUGUUUGCACUGUGUACUGAUAAAUUAACUGUUUUGGUGGGGUUUGCCCCUGACAAAUCUUGAUAAAUGAUAUGUAGUGAACAGUCCAUUUUAUUUUUAAACUGGUGAGAUUGUAGCAUUUUCUGGAUGCUUAGUUACCGCUGUUUACAUGGCAUAUUACUAGAAUUUCAGAUAGUUUAUAUGAAAUGUAAGUACAAUUAUGCACUUUAGAGAGUUUAUAUUUUUGAAGUUUGAAAGCUAAAAGUAACAAAACCUAUUAUGUGAAAUUGUACAUUUUUUUAAAAAAAGCACGCUUAGCCAUCUCUUGUUAAAACUGUUCUUUUAAACAGUCUUCCCCCUUGGCAAAAAUUCAUCACCUGCCUAGUUGCAAGGGAGACUGCCAGGAAGGAACAUCAUAGACAAUGAGUGAAUUUUAAAAUCCCAGUCCUGGAAAGGCACGUACAAGUACUCAACUUUCUGUCCUGGGCUUUAAGAUACUGUGACUCCCCUCGUCCAGGGACAAGGAAGGAUGAGGGCUGCGCAGGAUGAGGGCUAAAAGCUAAGCUAAAGGCUUAGCUAAAGGCUAAGCACUAAAAUAUGAUGGUGUCUUUGUAUCUCCCACAAAUGACUGGAAAAAUCAGUCAGUCAAUGGGGUUUCCCGCUAAUCACAAAAUAGCAGCAAAUGGUGUUUGCCCCACCACACUCCUCUAAACCAAUCCAAGCAACAGCUGUAUCUUUUGUUUUAUAAUUUCAGUUUUCCUGUGUGAUUUCACCUGUAGGCUUUAGAGUGUACAUGCCAACUUCAAUUACGUUUGACUGGAGAACAUGUUAAAUACAAGACAGUGUGUGUUUUUAUAAGGUGUGAAGUACUGUACAAAAAUCGACUUUGUGAUAUAAAUAAGCUGUAAGUAUAAGACAACCUGUUUCCGUGUCACUAGCACGUACUGCCUGCUGUAGGACAGCACUAUGGUCUGUUGGGUCACUGGCUUCCCAGGAGUUGGGGCUAUUUCAGACACGCCUGUUUGUGUAUUACCAUGUGCUGGUGUAAUAAAUGGUUGCGGUUUAAAUGAGAUGAACUGGGUGUGGACAAAAUAAGAUUGCAAGAGUUAAAGAUGGAGAAAAACUUGUCAUUCUCACAGGUUGCAUUUGCUUUUAUUCUGUUUACUUCAGAGUAAACAGUCAAAUAAUGGAUGUUUAUGUUAAAGGUAGUGUAAUUAAAGCAUCUUAUCUCCUAAUCAUUCUGCUAAGACAUCAGUUGUUAUUACUGGUAUAUGCAAGUUUCAGAUGGUAAGUGCUGCCAGACGGCCUCCAGGCGGAGAUGCUGCCAGAGUCCUCUUCGGAGAUGUUUGCAAAACGGUGAUUCAGGGCGCUUGAAAGGAGCCAAGCUGGGAGCUGGUCUGUGGUCUAAGACUGUUUGUCCAAACAGUGUCCUGAGGCGCAGCUUGCCCUGUCUGUGGGGCUGCGUCUGCUCUGGGCCAGUGCCAUGUUGACGUGGUAGCAGCUGGUUAGUGGGGCUGUGCCCAGGGCGGCUGCACUGUUGCCGUUGCUACAAAGGGUGUUGUUAAAUGUGCGGAAGUGCAGCCGUCCGAGGCCGUGCAGGUCGCCUGGGCUUUCUCGCGCAAGAGACCGGCUAGUGCUUGGUGUGUAGGGUGUAGGGCUCUACUUACUCACGUGUUCCAUCUCUCAGGGAUGGGAUCCAAGGAUUUCUGACUGUUGGGGGAGGGAAUUUGGGUCCAGGCCUGUUUCUCUAAGCCAAGGCAUAAAAGGGGGGGUUGCACGUUCAUUUGCAGAUGGGGAAGUUAACUUCGCAUUUGGAAAUUAAAACAGUGAUACAUUCAUUGACACGCUGUAAUGAAGGAUCACUCAGUGAUCAGUGGAUCAGCAGUGGAUCACUUCUUCCUUUCUCUGCAUAUUGACAUAUUCCUGAAGGGCAAAAUCACCCUUAUCACAGUGGGUAUACUUAAAAAGCACGUCCUGUUUUGGCAGAGGUUACUGGUUUGAAUACUCUAACUGGAGUUACUGGAACAAAUUUCUUAAUAUUUGUUACAAAAACAGCUGUUAGAGCCAGGAUCAUCAAGAGAACCAGAGUGAAACCUGGGACGCGUGCCUGCUGCGUGCCUGCACGGGCUGAGCAGCUCCGUUUCAUAGCUGUGCAUUUGGAAGUGAUUUUGUUCAUUUGCCUGUGGGGAACAGUCAGUGAUUCACAUGCUCGGACCGUGCUGGAGCCUGGCCCUGCUGCUACUAGAGGUAAUAUCCAUCUCCCUGCUGGCUCCAGCGGCAGGAGGCCCCUUGGUAGGAAAUGCGCACUUGUGUAUGUACCAGCACUUGACAGUGCGGGCGCUGCUCCUCAGAGCCCUUGUUGUGCAUUUUGAGAUACAGGUCUGACUGCAAAAUUCGCUUGUACAGGGACAGACAAAUCCCUCCUUACUUCUGAAUGGCCAAAAUCCUGCUCUUACUGUUCUGGAGAGGAGCUGCUGUUCGUAUUUGCUGCCUCAGUGGUCCCUUCUUAGAAGGGGAUAGGCUCUAUUAAUGUUAAAUAUGACAUUCAGGUAAAUGUGGUCUUUGAGGGUUCGAGAACAGAGGAGAUGUGCUUCUGCAAAGGAUUUAUAUUGCAAACAUUUAAACAAUCCAUGAGUCUUUUGGUCGGCAAUGCAGAGUCUAAGAUUUGGCACUGAUUAUAUAUGCUUUUAUUUUAAAUACCUGCCUGUGCAUUGAAGGUUGUGUUCUCAAAGAGUCGACAGGCAUUUUGCAUUUAUUUCCCUGGUCUUUUUAAUGCCAUGCCAGUCACUAAAAUGGGCAAUACGGAUUUCUGGUACCCUCAUUUUUAAAAACAUAGGCUAAAUAUGCAAGCUGCACAAAUGUUAUAGGCUGGAUUGUAUCUAAUCUUUAUUUAAAAAAAAAUGCAUUUCAACCUAUUUCUGUUUCAGUACAAGCCUUCCAUAGAAGUGCUAAUCAUCACGGCCUAGAGCAGGACUUGUGCUCUUGUGCUGUUCCUCUUUAUGGGCAAGGGGGCAGCUGCCUUACACUAUAAGGAAUUAAAAGGCGGAAAGGCCGUUUUUUAAGGCAGCUGAGUUUUUGGCUUUGACCAUCACAACCUGCAGCAUCUAAGGCCUUUGUGCUUGGGAGGUGAUGCACACACAUUCGCUCUGGGAUUCCAACCAUAAAACCUACCACCUCCGUGUUUCUUGGUGUCCCAGGCUGAAACGACUCAUGGAAAACUUGCAAAAAGCUCUUGGGCUUGUAGAUAUGAGUGAGUGGACCUACAUCUCCGGCUAUUUAGGAGGCAGUCAAGUCUGUCCAGUGUGUAUAUUCACUGACAACACGGGGUGUUUGUUUAACACGGGCUGGAACGUGUGUGUUCCACGUGGUCAGUGCGCCUCUCCUGGACACCUGCAUGCGUUGGUGACCCAUCUUCUGUUACGUGGACAUGUACGUACAUCAAACAAUAUAUGUAUUUACGCAAAUGACUCUGUAUAUAGUAUAUGUGAUUUGGUUGGAGUGCAGAAGGCAGUACCAGAGGGUGUUUCUGUGCCUGGCUGGAUUAAAGAAACAAACAAAAAAAAAAAUCACCUUUGCAGAUUUCAUUUGCUGUCUGAAAGCAACUACAUAACUCUCAUGCAACCAGUGUAUUCAACAACUAAUGAAACCUUAGCAAAUAUGGGCUUGGGUCUAUGUUUACAUGAUUUAUGUAAGCAAAUUUAAUUUGAAUCUAUGGUGUCUUUUUUAAUGUAAAUGGAUUGACAAAUGUUAUGUGUACAUUUUCGUACAUGAUUGUAUUUUGUACAAAACAAGAAAAUAAAACUAUUUUGACUGCA